UAUCCACUUUGGCGCCAUCCCGGGUUCGCAUAAGCUUGGUUGGUGAGAAGAGCGAAGAUUUUACAGCUAGGCUGCGCCGCCGCUGACUGCGGAAACGGACAGAAAAAAGUGGAAACGUCGCUCCGCGAUGAAUCUCAGCAAACUGGGGUGAGAGGGAACGUUUACCUUGACUGUGAAAAUCAAUUACUUUUCACCGAUUGCCGUGCUGUGGCGUAGAAUGCUCUGGUAAGUGCAGGGCAGGAUGGCGAAGGUUUGUUUUCUGUGCAAAAGCAGCGAGGACGAUGAGCUGCUGUUCGGCAAGUUCUACACCAAAUGGAGACUGUCCGUGCAUUAUUAUUGCUUGCUGCUGUCGUCUAAUCUGGUGCAGAACGGUGUGAACGAUACGGUCGGCAUCUUUGGCUUUCUCGAGCAGGACAUCCGGAAGGAGAACGAACGGACGAAGAAAUGCCGCUGCUACAUCUGCAAGGAGAUGCACGCGAAUGUGUCCUGCUGCUCGAAGAAAUGCUUGCGCACGUUUCACACGGUCUGCGGCAUCAAGAACCGCUGUCUGUCCCACUACACGGACACGUUCCAGUCGUGGUGCGCCUCCCAUAUACCGGUCGAGCGCGACGCCCAUCCGCACACGGCCGAGGAACCGUGCUCGAUAUGCUACGACGAGAUGGGGCAGUACGAUCGUAUCACCUCCAUCCGGGCGCCGUGCUGCCGGAACGGGUGGUUCCACCAGCGCUGCGUCGCACAGUACGCCCAAUCGGCCGGGUACUUCUUCAAGUGUCCGCUGUGCAACAACGAGGACACAUUCUUGCCCGAGAUUCCACGGCGCGGUGUGUUUGUACCUGAGCGCGAUGCGGCCUGGGAGCUGGAACCGAACGCGUUCCAGGAGCAGCUGGUGCGGCCGACAGCAUGCGACGCGGAAGAUUGUAAAUGCGAGCAAGGGCGCAGCGUGGACAGCCACGAGUGGCGGCUGGUGAUAUGUGGGUCGUGCGGCUCCACCUGCCGCCACCGGCAGUGCAUGGAGGCGACGCCCGAGCUGACGCGUGCCUACGUGUGCCAGCUGUGUCGGCCGAUUCUUGGCGAGCGAGUAUCGCUGGUCGAGGAUAGCGACGACGAUAGUAGCGAGGAUGAGACGGUAGCGUCUGGUUCGUCCAGUUCCGCGUCCCAGUUCGACAAAGUGCGCCCGGCUAAAGAGCUGUCGAGGCCGGGUUCGGGCGAGUCGGGCGUACACUGCUCAAGCUCGAGCGACGAAGCGCUGGUCGCCGUCUGCCGGCGAGCUCGCCGAAAUGUGGCUACCAUUGCGUCGGACGGCUCGGACAGUGAGCAUUCCGAUGCUAGCUCCGUGCAGUUAAGACGCUUCGUGCAGCAGAACACGGGAAAGCGUGUGCGGCGACUGCUGUCCGAUGAAUCGGACGAGGGAACUAGCAAUCCCAUGGGCGUGGAGGAGGAUGGAAAGGAUCCGUCGGAAGCCGGUCAACUAUCAAAGUCUGGUACCAGCAAGCAUUUAAAGACAGACACCAAACCGACCACUGCGCUUGCGUUGAGCGUUGAUCGUUCACCGGCUGGGCGGGUGGAUGAAACGUCCCGCGUGUCCGCAGCUCCUCAUCCUGACGUAGUUUCUAUUGACUCGACAAGUGAAAGCAGCAUAGGCAUUAGAAAACCGAAACGAGCAAAUGGCCGGCGGCGCAGUCUAUCCACCUCCUCCGAUGAUACCCACGAUACGCGUUCGGAAGAUGGAAGUCAUGUUUCGGAAGACCUUGAUGAUUUGCCUCUGAGCAUUUUCCGGCAGAAAAUGCGUGGCAACAAAACGAAACCAUUGCAAAAACUGUAUAAGCCAUCACGCAGGCGAUCAUCACUAGGACCGGAGCGCACCACAAAGCUAUCGGUCGAUACAGGCUGCAACAAACCGGAAGACGCUAAACACACCAACCACUCAAAUGCAUCAUCCAAUAACGAUGAUGAUGGCAGGAGAACGAGACAGCUGUCCAGAAGACUGUCGUUGAACGAUGCCGGCAAGCAGCGAUCGACCAGCGAAAGCAGCAGUGAAAUACUACCACGGAAACGGGCGAUCGCGCGCCGACCGAGACUUGACUCUUCCUCCGAACAGUCGGAAAAGCAAGCAGCCGUCCCAGACGAAACCACCAGCAGCAAGGCACCGCGUAGCAAACGGCGCCGCCUUUCUCGCGAGCAGCAGCGGCACAGGCCGCGUAUCAUCAGCCCUCCAAGUACGCCACCGUCGCUUGCCUCGGAAACGAUGUCGCAACAAUCGGACGCCGGCAGUACCACCGGUGGCGCCGACGCCAGCGAAGAUCUGAAACACACCACCACCCCCACCUCGUCCUCCUCCCACCCCACUCCCGCUUCGGUCGGGAGUACACCGAACCGGCAGCAGCACCAGCAGUCGAUCCUAAAGUUUGUCAGCUGUUCGGCGCGCAAAACAACCCCGGCGAGCAGGAGCGAUGGGUCGAUGGAGGAGACAAUUUCACCGCCCCGAAUGAAGCAGACCGGGGGAAGUGGGAGCAGUGACCCUGGCAAGGCGGAAAGCGGCACCAAAAAACAGGGUAGCCCAGCAGAUGGCGGUAAACGUGCAAUAGCGGUCAAACGAACACGUAGCGCGACGGAUCCACCAAAGCGAAGCAGAACGACCACGGAGGACACCGAUGGCAAACAGCUGAACGACAGCAACGGCACACUGCAGGGGCCAACAACGAGUAAAGCGACCGCCGCAAACAAAGCAAAGAAGGACAAGGCACAGAACAAUAUACUGAACUAUUUUAAUCGCUGCUGAGUUGAAUCUGUGGAUGCUCAGCAGGACAACCGAUGCUGGCGUGCUGCUACUGUUGGUUCGUCCGGCAUUUAGGUGACUUUUGAACAGUUUUAUCUUAGCUAAUGAACGAUAUUGAUUCCGGAGGGAGAGCGGUGUGUAGCAAGAAAUGUUGGUCGCAACAGAUUGCCAGCAGCUAUGACAUGGGUGCCAUCGUUGCCCCCAUUGCAUUUCUUUUUUUUAUUUUCCUGCUUUUCGGAUCGUCCUGGCAUUUACGAACAUUUACCUACUGUAUAACCUUGUGUACUGGAUGGUGAAUAAUGUUAUUGUUCUAGCUUA